GCUCAAGCAGAGGUCAGUCGUAGUCUAGUCGGUAUCAUCUAAAAAAAUAAAACCAAAAAGAUAGAUAUUAAUUAUUUUUGAAAUCAAAAUUACAUAAUUAAUUAUUAUAAUCCUAAUACUAAUAUGAUUUCAAAAACAAAAAUCUUAAACAUAUACAUAAACCACGAAAACUACAAAUAAAUUAUCCCAAUAAAAGUAUCUAUCAUUUAAUUAAAAAAUAAAACAUAAUUAUUUUUAAAAUCAAAAUUACAUAACUAUAAUCCUAAUAGUAAUAGGUUACAUAUACAUCUAUAUAUAGCUAGUCACUAGUCACGAGAGAGAAUAUUUUUUAAACAAAUAAUUAGUAAUUAGACUUUAGUUUAGUGGGGCUAUAUCAACCUUAGUUUUAGUUGUACGCAUUGAUUAGUUUUUGUUAAUAAAUUAUUGUUUCUUCUAAGAAACAAAUUAAUAAAAUAUAAAGAUGAUGAGAAUGGUAAUGAAAUAUCGUCAAGAGAAAGAUACUUUUGUAAUCAAAUAUAAUAAGAGACAAAGAGAUGAUGAAGAUUCUAAAAAUAAUAAACGUAGCAAGUAUGGUGGAUGGGUGAAGGAAAAGUUACUCGGAAGGGGAGGUUUUGGAUGUGUUAACUUGGUUAAGUUUAAAGAACCUCGACCACCGCACUAUAAAGAUUUGCCUGAGCUUUUGGCAGUAAAAUCUGCACUAAAUGAUACUUGUUCAAAGGAUCUAGUUAGGGAGAUGAAAGUGUAUGAGUAUCUUGGUUCGAGUCCUUUCAUUGUUAAGUGCUACGGUCAAUUAGACAAUUAUAAUAAAGGGGAGGUAAAUAUGGCGAUGGAGUAUGCAUCAGGUGGGUCCUUGGCUAGUGCGAUCGAGAAUAAGAAUAAUGGAGAUGGAUUGAGUGAGUGGGAAGUGAAGGCACACACUUGCUCCAUUCUUAAAGGGCUUGAGUUUAUUCAUAGAAAGGGUUUUGUGCAUUGUGAUUUGAAGCCCGCAAACAUUCUACUCGUGGCUGAUGAUGAUAAUAAUAGUCCUUAUAGCGUCGAUGGUUUUGUGGCGAAGAUUGCUGAUUUUGGUCUGGCUAAGACUAGUAGUGUUAGGAGUAAUAAUGGUGAUGAUGAGUGGAUGAGGAGGUCAAAGGUUGGAGGAACUCUGUAUUAUCUUUCUCCCGAAGCUGUACUAGAAAAUACUCAAGAAGAGGCGAGUGAUAUUUGGGCAGUUGGGUGUGUGGUUUUGCAAAUGUUGACUGGACUAGUGCUGCCGUGGUAUGAUAACCCCACCAAAAAUCAGCUUUCCAGUAUAAUUAGUAUAGACACUCCGUGUAGUGGUUUACCUUCAGAUUGGCUUUCCAAGAAUGCUUGGGAUUUCUUGUUCAAGUGCUUUACUAGGAACCCUAAUAAUAGACCUUCUGCUCACAUGUUACUAAACCAUUCCUUUCUUCUCUCAGAAGAUCACCAAGAAAAUGAUCAACAAAUAAAUCACAAUGAUAUUAACGUUGAUGAAGAUCAUGCUAAUGAUGGUGAUGGUGAUAGUGAUGGUGAUGGUGAUGGUGAAGACUUUGAAGACGUCGACGAUGGUAAUAAUUAUGAUGGUGAUGAUGAUGAAGAAGAAUACGAGGACGAUGAUGAUGAGCAACCUCCCUUUUAUGAUUCUUGGUUUAGCAGUAGUCCCUGACAUUCCAUCUCUAUACUCGUAUAUUAAUUCAUUUUUUCAACUUCAAACAUCAAUUCCACAUUUUUUAUUAUCUAUAAGAUAUUUGUUUU